AGGAGCUGUCCCAGGGAGAAGCAAAACCAAGAAAGAGACAGAGAGAGAAAAAGAAAUUCACAAGCAAGAAAUCAGACACUAGUCACUGAAGGAACAGAAUUCUCUAGUCCCAAUGUCAACAGCUCCAUUAGUUUCUCCACCACUCCAGCCCCUGACCUUGGAAGAUGAGGAAUGGCAGUGCUUGGACCAGUAUGACAUAUACAGCUUUACAGAUUCUUAUCUGGGAAGAGGGAGUGGGAAGGGUCGAAGUAAGAGAGAAGCCGCCAACCAUACCAACCGACCCAGCCCAGGUGGCCACGAGAGGAAGCUGCUGACCAAGCUUCAGAACACAGAGCAAAAGAAACGUGGCGCUAAGCCCUGAGCCUAGAACC